CACCGGCAUUCCCGGCAUGCAACGCGAGCCUCUCUUACUUGCUAGCCGAAAAAAGAGUGCGGUAGUUAGCUAGCUAAAGGGCUGCAUUAAAGAGCCAGUUAUUAAGAAAUCUCUGUAGUUUUGUUUGAAUCAACGCCGGCAUUUUCGCAAACAUGAACGACAACGAGAAGCUGGACAACCAGAGGCUGAAGAAUUUCAAGAACAAAGGUCGCGAUUUGGAGACUAUGAGAAGACAGCGCACAGAGGUGGUGGUUGAACUGAGAAAGAAUAAAAGAGAUGAACACCUCCUGAAGAGAAGAAACGUGCCGCAUGAGGACAUCUGUGACGACUCUGAUGUUGAUGGAGAUUUCAAAACGCAAAACACCUCAUUGGAAGCAAUCGUACAGAACGCGACCAGUGAUAACCAGGGCAUUCAGCUAAGUGCAGUACAGGCUGCCAGGAAACUGCUAUCAAGUGAUCGCAACCCUCCAAUAGAUGAUUUGAUAAAGUCUGGUAUUCUACCUAUUCUUGUGCACUGCCUGGAUAGAGAUGAUAAUCCGUCGCUGCAAUUUGAGGCGGCCUGGGCUUUGACCAACAUCGCUUCAGGGACCUCUGAGCAAACUCAAGCGGUGGUGCAGUCAAAUGCCGUUCCACUGUUCCUAAGGCUGCUUCACUCUCCCCACCAGAAUGUAUGCGAGCAAGCUGUUUGGGCUUUGGGCAAUAUCAUUGGUGAUGGUCCACAGUGCAGAGACUACGUAAUCAGCCUUGGUGUGGUCAAGCCCCUGCUGUCCUUCAUCAGCCCCUCUAUUCCCAUCACCUUCUUGCGGAAUGUCACCUGGGUCAUGGUUAACCUGUGCCGCCACAAGGACCCUCCUCCUCCCAUGGAGACCAUCCAGGAGAUUCUGCCAGCCUUGUGUGUACUGAUUCACCACACAGAUGUCAAUAUCCUUGUGGACACUGUAUGGGCGCUGUCCUACCUGACUGAUGCUGGAAACGAGCAAAUCCAGAUGGUCAUAGACUCUGGCAUCGUUCCUCACCUGGUGCCCCUUCUUAGCCACCAGGAGGUCAAAGUGCAGACUGCUGCGCUGCGUGCAGUGGGAAACAUCGUGACCGGGACGGACGAACAAACACAGGUUGUGCUGAAUUGUGACGCUCUGAGUCACUUCCCUUCUCUGCUCUCACACCCCAAGGAGAAAAUUAACAAGGAGGCAGUGUGGUUCUUGUCCAACAUCACAGCCGGGAACCAGCAGCAGGUCCAGGCGGUCAUCGAUGCCAAUCUGGUGCCCAUGAUCAUCCACUUGCUCGACAAGGGAGAUUUCGGCACUCAGAAAGAGGCAGCCUGGGCAAUCAGCAACCUCACGAUCAGUGGCAGGAAAGAUCAGGUUGCAUACCUCAUCCAGCAGCAGGUCAUUCCUCCUUUCUGCAACCUCCUGACGGUAAAAGAUGCUCAGGUGGUGCAGGUAGUCCUGGAUGGACUGAGCAAUAUUCUGAAGAUGGCUGAUGAUGAGUCAGAAACCAUCGCUAACCUGAUUGAGGAAUGUUCUGGUUUGGAAAAAAUUGAACAGCUGCAGAAUCAUGAGAAUGAAGACAUCUACAAACUGGCUUAUGAAAUCAUUGAUCAGUUCUUCUCGUCUGAUGAUAUCGAUGAGGACACAAAUCUGGUUCCUGAGGCCAUCCAAGGCGGAACAUACGGCUUCAAUUCGUCAGCUAACGUACCAGCAGAGGGAUUCCAGUUCUAGAAGAGUGGCGUGAAAUCCGGAGAUUUGUUUGCGAUGCAGCACUCUGUUUAACAUAUUAAAAAAAUAAUUAGGAGAGAAAGAGAGAGAGAGAGAGAGAGAGAGAAAGAGAAGCGCGCGAGUGUGAGAAAUUAGAUCCAUUGUGCUUGGCUCAUGGGAUCCAUGGCUGCAUCUAAUCCAAGAGAAAUUGUGUGGAUUUUGUUUGGCAUGCUGGGGUGAAUCCAGUCCAAAUGAAGUUUGUGAUGGCGAGUGGGUGCGAGUGAGAGUGAGUGGGCUACUAAAUGUUGCAAAAACACGACCAUCUACACUGAAUGUGUUCAGAGAACAUUUCGCGAAACGUCACACACACGUCUGAAUGUGUCUACCAAAUGACUACAAAACAAUGUCAAACCACUGGGUGAAACGACGGUGCAACCUAGCAAUUGGAUGCAAAAGAAAACCGAUCAAAUCUCUGAACAAGAAUAUUAAAACAAAAAAAAGGUUGAACUGGGCAGCGAGAAUUCUCACCCCAUGUGGCCACCUCCCACCACAAUGGGCCAUGCUGUGAAAGCUGUGUGUGAGUGGGAUGUUUUGGGUAUGAAUGUGUGGACCCGGGGCCGAGGAAGCAGAGCUUAUCUCCGGAAUCUCUUUUGGCACACGUCGUCCGUCUAUUGUGCUGUGUGUGCGCUAAAUAAUCGGACGAAUGGUUGCGUGAACGCGUGUGACUGGAGUGUGUGUAAGGCAGGGCUGAAUGUGGACGCAUGAAGAGUCAUUGAAAUACUGAGGAGCAUUGAUGCGAAAUAACUAACAAAAAGAAAAUCAAAAGGCAGUGAAGAAGUAAACGGUCUGGAAGAAAAGGCUGAUUUGAUUUGAAAAAUAAUUUGAACAGGAAUGAUUUCAAAUUAAGAUGUCUGGGGUUAAUUUGUUUUUCUUCUUCUUAUUUUUAAAAGACACUGGACUAAGCUGUUGGCAGAAGUAUAGUGGGGCGUUAUGUUAACAGUUGUGCUCUGCAGCUUUGAGAUUUGCUUUUAGUAUCCAGUGUUUUAUGUUUUGUUUUAUUUUCAGAUUAGAUUUUCAUUGCUUGUGUAGGCCUGUGUAGUUACUCCACACAACCCAAUACAAGUACCACUGUAAUUUUAGCUUUUUGAAAAAAAAUUGCAGUCACCUUCACCUAUGUAAUACUCUUCUGCAUGGCUUUGUCUUUUAUUCUUUUAUUUUUCUUUCUUAAAGCUAAUACUGGCCGCAUCUUUAAGCUUUCAAACUUUCAUAUGGCAGUUAAGAGUAUCAACUAACUAUAUGUACCUAUUACCCCAAAAACAAACAAAAAAACAAUACAAUGUACAGAAGGGCAGCAUAGUUUAGGACGUUAUUUCUGUUCGCAAUGUGUACACUAUGUAACAUCUUUAAUUUUCUUUUUAUUAGUAAACUUCUAUAUUUAAAUGUUUUGUCUAUCCCUCAUCGCCUGUAGAACAUAUCUGAUCAGCAGACUGAUUCUAAACGUUGUUUUGCACCCACACAUUUAAGUACAGAGCAUAACGGAUGCAGAUUUUCUCUGUACCCUCAAACUAUAUGCAUAAUACAAAUACAAUCUUGGAUUUUUUUAUAUAUAUGUAUGUAAAUGUAGAUAGUCAUAAUGUCAGGCCACAUUAGAGGUGUAAGAUUCUUCACCGUAGUUUCAAUGAUUUGAAAUAAAUAACCUGCCUCUUAUUUUGGGGUGUUUAUUAUCGGGAGAAAAAUGUUUUCAUGGCGUGAUGUUCCAGCUCCCUCAAGUCUCUGGUGUCUCGCAGACUUGUGCGGUGCCUUUUAUUCUAGAGCACAAAAAGUCAACAACAAAAAAAAAAGAUGCAUGAACAAAAGUGCUGUUCUUGAGUACAUCCGAUCGUCCGUAUUCCCUUCUAAAUUCUUUUAUAUUUCUUUUUUUUCUUUAAGUUGUAAAAAUUCAAAACACUGUAGAGAUGGAUUACUAUAUGUGGUCAUAACCUUCUGUUGGACAUAGGGUGUAUGUGCAGCGUUCCUCGUUAGCGGACAUGUGGUUUCAAGGGGCGGGGUAAAAACAUUGGAAUUAGAUGUACUUAACCUGUUGACCAUAGACUACAGGCUAAGUUUCUUGAUGAAAUAAAUAUUGAAACCAUA